CGGAAAGAAUCGUUCACAAUAAACCAUUUCCAAUUGGCAACAAACAAAUUUGUAGGUUAACACACGAGUUGACAUCUCAGUUUGCACACCGACUUGUUAUAAACAAAAGUUUUUGAUAGUAAAAAAUAAACAAAAUGGAAGAUGAGGAUAUUGGAUUAUCUGCAGAUACACUAGAAAUACUCAACGAAUUUCUGCAAGAAAAAGCUCAGAGGGAACGUGAUGAAAUGGAGCGCAUUGAAAAUAGAGCCGGUACCAAUGCCAUGUUCGAAGAGGAUUGGCAACUGAGCCAAUUUUGGUACAGUGAAUCAACAAAAGUAGCGCUUGGAAAGUUGGUGAGCAAACUUCUAGCUGAAAAGCCGAAUGUGACUAAGGAGAGCUACCACAUUGCACUUCUCUCCUGCCCAUCAUUGUUUGGCACAGUCAAGCAAAUCCACAAUAAAGUGAAAAUCUUCGAGUUCGAUAAACGCUUUUCAGCGUAUGGCGACAAUUUCGUAUUUUAUGAUUUCAACAAAGCUGAUGAAGAUGAUUACCUGCUAGAAUUUAAGGAAACUUUUGAUCUUAUCAUAGCCGACCCUCCAUUUUUGUCCGAGGAAUGCAUAACCAAAAUAUCUAAAAUCAUAAAGAAUUUACAAAAGUUCGAGGCAAAAAUUGUAUUUUGCUCUGGUGCUGUUGUAGAACCAUGGAUCACUAAAUGUUUACAGCUGAAAAAAUGUCGUUUUGAACCGGCACAUGACCGUAAUUUGGGCAAUGAAUUUGUUUCUUACGCGAACUUCAAUCUAGACACUUAUUUAAGUUAAUAGUUUCUAUAUUUUUAUGAAAUAACAUUAACGGGGUGCUUACGCAUUAACUAAAACAAAAAUAAGCAAACAAGGUUCUGUGCCAGGCGUACCCUGUUUGGCCCGAUAAGGUUCCACGUGAAUGUGAAUAACAGUUAUACACAAAGCUACUGCGUUAAUACAUAAUUUCCAUUACUGUUAUAUGUACGUAUUCAUAAGCUUUUGCAAUUGAAUGAGUCUGGCACUUAUAUCUGGUAUCGUAAAGUGAGAAAGAUGUUUAUAUUUUGCAAUAAUUUGUUAAUAAAUUAGGUCAUCUUAA